AUGCCCGUCACACAACACCACAAUGGUAUAGAAGUUGUCCCUUGCUGGAUCAAUGGGAAACCUAUCCCCUUGGAUGCCAGUCGCCUGAUCGAGGUCCAUUCAUCGGCUCAGGGGAAGCUCGUCCAUUAUGCCCAGGGAGCCUCCGUGGACGACGCUACAGCCGCGGUUCAGGCAGCCGCAGAAACAUUCAAAACCUUCAAACGAGUGCCGCACCAGGACCGCCGGGCAUUGCUUUUGAAGGUGGCAGACGUGCUCGAAAGCCGCGUCGACGAGCUUGCCCGCUACCAAAUCGAAGAGACGUCCUGCCCAGAAUCCUGGGCCAAAUUCAACGUCAUCCUCGCCGCCAGGGCCAUCAGAGAAAUCGCCGCGAAUAUCACCAUCGCCUGUACGGGGGAGAUGCCGCCGCCGGAGACUGCAGAGACUUUUUGUCUUGUCUACAAGCAAGCGGUGGGCCCAGUCCUGAGUAUUGCCCCCUGGAACGGCAGUAUCAUCUUAUCAGCGAGGGCACUGGCAGCUCCCCUGGCUGCUGGCUGUACGGUCGUCUUCAAAGCGUCAGAGUUGAGCCCGCGUGUCCACCAUGGCGUCGUCGAAGCCUUCCUGGCCGCGGGUCUCCCAGCGGGCAGUGUGAACCAAAUCCAGGCCAACCGCGAAGACGCUAGCCGCAUUACCGAGACCAUCAUCGCACAUCCAGCCAUUCGCAAGGUGGAAUUCAUCGGUAGCGCAGCUGUCGGGCGCAUUAUUGGCCAGCUAGCGUCCAAGUACCUCAAACCGGUCUUGAUGGAACUCGGCGGCAAGGCUCCUGCUAUCGUUCUGAAGGACGCGGAUCUGAAAAAGGCCGCGACACUUUGUGCCCAGGGGGCGACUAUGCACCACGGCCAGAUCUGCAUGUCGACUGAGCGCAUCAUUGUCGUUCAAGACGUGGCGGAUGAGUUCAUCAACUGUCUGCGCGAUGCAGUUGCAGGCCUCCAAGGUAACGCCGGGUUCGCCGUUACAAAAGCCAUGGCGCAAAAGGCCCAUAAGUUGCUCUCUGACGCCACAGAUCAAGGGGCGACGUAUCUGAUCGGCGACAAUAAGUGGCGCGGGGACAGCGGUGCUGCGCUUGAGCCAACAUUCCUCACCAACGUCCAGCCUGGAAACCCCAUCUAUGACCUCGAAACCUUUGGUCCUUCGGCCACAGUAUUCAUCGCGGCAGACGAAGAUGACGCCAUCCGGAUAGCAAACGACAGCUCGUAUGGUCUCACGGGGUCUAUCCACACGCGGGAUGUCUUGAAAGGUCUUCGGCUGGCCAAAGAGUUAGAAGUCGGACUGGUUGCUCUGAACAGCCUGACACUAUAUGAUGAGGCCUCAGUCCCUCUAGGCGGAACGAAAGGGAGUGGCUGGGGCAGGAACAACAGCAGAUAUGCCGUGGAGGAGUUUCUGAUCUCGAAAACAGUGGCGGUGGCCGCAGAUGCUGGAAGUCCUAUCUUUGGGGCGAGUUGA